AUGGAAGACAACUUAAAAAAUCAAAAUCUAGAAGAGUUGAGUAUUGUAUGGCUGGACGCAGUUUCGGAUGACUUACAAACACAAGCUCGUCUACGAUCAAUUAUUAAUUAUCUAAGAAUAUUUCAUGAUAUUGAUGCAUGUGUCGAUUAUAUUGACUCUGUAAAGAAUGAAAAAAUAUAUUUUAUUGUUUCAAGCACAUUAGAUGAGUCUAUCAUUCCUCUAAUUCAUGAUCAUUCUCAAAUUGUAUCCAUAUACGUACUCGGUGAGAAUAAGGGAGGGCAUGAACAAUGGGCAAAAAUAUAUAAAAAGGUUCAACCAAUAUGCACUGAUAACGAUAGUCUUUUUGUGAAACUAACUAAAAAUGUUAAAUUAUCGAUGAAUGAAAGUAUGCCAAUGAGUAUAUGUAAUGUUCAUGUUGAAACAAAAAAUAAAUCCAUACGUGAUUUGAGUAAAGAAAAUUGUACAUUUUUUUGGUUUCAACUUCUCAUUGAAACAUUGUUACGUAUGCCUCAAACAUCAUCGGCUAAAUCUGACCUAUUAGAUUUGUGUCGACAACACUACGAUGGUAAUAAAGAAGAAUUGUCAAAAAUAAAUGAAUUUGAAAGAUAUUAUUGUUGUGAACAAGCGAUCUGGUGGUACACACGUGACUCAUUUUUAUAUAGACAGUUGAAUAACGCAUUUCGAACAGAAAAUAUUGACAUUAUUUUUAAAUUUCGGUUUUUCAUUAUUGAUCUGGACAAACAAUUAUGUGCAAUGCAUAAUAAUUAUCUUAAGUUAUUACAAACAUAUUCUAAUGAAUUGACUGUGUAUCGCGGACAAAGGAUACCAGUUGAAGAACUAGAAAGGCUAAAACAUAAUAUUGGUGGCUUCAUUUCUAUGAAUACAUUUUUAUCUACGACGACUGAUAGAGAAAUUGCGCUUAUCUAUGCUGGAGAUGGCUCUGAUCGACCUACACACGAGUCAGUCCUGUUUGAAAUAACAAUUGAUUUGAAUGCACUUUCGACAGAUAAACCAUUUGUUAAUAUCAAAGAUCUUAGCUAUUUCAAUGGAACUAUUCAACAAACAGCAUUUAAAUAA